AUGAAUAUGGAUACGAACCAUGAUGUUCCCAUUGCUAUAAAUCAGCGGUUAAUUAAAUGUGAUAAUUCUUGCCACAGGAUUUGUUCACCAACAAAUGGCGCAAUCUGGAAGUUCAGCCACAUAGCUGCACAAUGUGUGAUGAACAGAAGCCCAUUGGAUGCUAGACUGGAGCAACUUGGCAAUAUCUCUGCCCUCGUGCUCCUUCCGGGUGACACGGCAGGAAUGCAGCGAGUGGGUGUUGCAGCUGAACGAUUAGCAAUAUUUUUAUACAUGGAUGCUCAACCUACGCAUCGGCUGAUGCAGACUGCCUUCGCUCAUUAUUGGUUUUCAAUUGCAUUAUCUGUCGAGGAUCUCGAUUCGCACGUGAACGAAAUGGAGACGAUUCGGUUUGCAAUGUUGGGCACUAGUUUAUUUGUUGAGUUGGACAAGCUGGUAACAAACGCUUCACUGAGAGUUCAGACAACAGGGUCAGCUCACCAGCAGAUCGCAUAUUUAACGCAACCGAAGUUCGACGUGGAUCAUCCGAUACGCAAAGCAAACGCUAACUGA